AUGGCUAAAGUCGCCGCCUUGAUCACGUUUGCCCUGAUGGGUUUGUUGUUCGUUGUCGCCGUCGUCGAAGGCGGGUCGCCGGUGGGGAAACCGGGGUACAGGAUCCACACUUUGUUCUCCGUCGAGUGCCAGAACUAUUUUGAUUGGCAGACGGUGGGGCUAAUGCACAGUUUCAGAAAGGCCCGGCAACCGGGACCCAUAACGCGACUCCUGAGCUGCACUGACGAGGAGAAGAAGAGUUACAGAGGGAUGCAUUUGGCGCCCACUUUCCAAGUCCCUUCUAUGAGUCGACACCCCAAAACUGGUGACUGGUACCCAGCAAUUAACAAACCUGCUGGAGUUGUACAUUGGCUUAACCACAGCGAGGAAGCUAAGCAUGUGGAUUGGGUGGUGAUUUUAGAUGCAGACAUGAUCAUUCGAGGGCCGAUUAUACCCACAGAGCUCGGUGCUGAGAGAGGAAGGCCAGUGUCUGCAUAUUAUGGAUACUUGGUUGGAUGUGACAAUAUACUGGCCAAAAUCCACACAAAGCAUCCAGAACUCUGCGACAAGGUUGGUGGGCUUUUAGCUAUGCACAUAGAUGAUCUUCGUGCAUUAGCACCAAAGUGGCUUGCUAAGACAGAAGAAGUGCGUGAAGAUAAGGCUCACUGGAGCACGAAUAUUACCGGUGACAUCUAUGGGAAAGGAUGGAUAAGUGAGAUGUAUGGCUACUCAUUUGGUGCUGCUGAAGUUGGACUUCGGCAUAAGAUCAAUGAUGACUUGAUGAUCUAUCCUGGAUAUAUUCCACGCCCCGGUGUCGAGCCAAUCCUGUUUCACUAUGGCUUGCCAUUUACUGUGGGGAAUUGGUCAUUUAGUAAACUGCAGCAUCAUGAAGAUGAUAUCGUUUAUAGAUGCGGCGAGCUCUUUCCUGAACCUCCAUAUCCCAGAGAGGUCUAUACUAUGGAAUCUGAGCCGAAUAAGCGACGGGCAUUGCUUCUGAGCGUAGAGUGCAUGAACACUUUGAAUGAAGGGCUUGUAUUAAAGCAUGCUGCAGAUGGAUGCCCGAAGCCAAAAUGGUCAAAGUACUUGAGCUUCUUAAAGAGUAAAACUUUUGCUAAUCUUAGUCGUCCCAAAAUUUUCACUCCUGGUGUACAGCAAACUAUGGAAGCCGGUGAAGAUCAGCAGCCACUCUUUGGUGAAACUAUGAAACCACAUCCAAAGAUCCACACAGUUUUUUCGACAGAAUGUUCACCCUACUUUGACUGGCAAACUGUAGGUCUUAUUCACAGUUUCCAUCUUAGUGGCCAGCCUGGAAACAUAACACAACUUCUCAGCUGUACUGAUGAAGACCUUAAGCAAUAUAAAGGUCAUGAUUUGGCUCCUACUCACUAUGUUCCUUCCAUGAGCCGGCAUCCACUAACCGGUGACUGGUAUCCCGCAAUCAACAAACCUGCUGGUGUCCUUCAUUGGCUUAAUCACGUGGGUGACAUUGAUGCUGAGUACAUAGUUAUUCUUGAUGCUGACAUGAUUUUGAGAGGUCCAAUCACACCGUGGGAAUUCAAUGCAUCUCGUGGCCACCCAGUUUCAACUCCUUAUGAGUACUUGAUUGGCUGCGACAAUGAGCUUGCGGAAAUGCAUACGAGCCAUCCUGAAUACUGUGACAAGGUUGGGGGUGUAAUCAUCAUGCAUAUUGAUGACCUCAGGAAGUUCGCUAUGUACUGGCUACUUAAGACGGAGGAGGUUCGUUUCGAUAAAGAGCAUUAUGCCACAAAUCUUACUGGAGAUAUAUACUCAUCUGGCUGGAUCAGUGAGAUGUAUGGCUACUCCUUUGGUGCAGCAGAGCUAAAACUACGCCAUGUAGUGAGCCGGGAGAUACUGAUAUACCCAGGAUAUGUCCCCGAGCAAGGUGUGAAGUACAGAGUGUUCCAUUACGGUCUAGAAUUCAGUGUCGGAAACUGGAGCUUCGACAAGGCCAACUGGAGAGACAAAGACAUCGUGAACACUUGCUGGGCCCAGUUUCCAGACCCACCCGAUCCAUCGACUCUUGAUCGAACCGACGAGAACAUUUUACAGAAAAACUUACUCAGCAUAGAAUGUGGGAAGAAGUUGAACGAAGCCUUGAUGCUGCAUCAUAGGAAGAGAAACUGCCCUGAUCCCAGCAGUCCCAUCUUAACUUCGCCCAAGCUUGAAACCAGAACUUCAAAGAAAUUUGGCAAGAUCGAGGAAAAACCGAAAACCAGCACGGUUCCAGCAAGGCACACCCAGGAGUUGUCUCAAGCCGAUCAGAACGAUGGCCAUUUCCGGUCUUUGAAGGUCUGGGUGGUUGCUCUAUGGGCAUUUUCUGGUUUGGGAUUUGUGGUAGUCAUGACCAUGGUGUUUUCAGGUCGUAAAAGUAAGGGAACGAAAGGUAAAAGCAGUAGAAGUAGGAAGAGACAUUCGAGUCAAGAUAGUUGGACAUGA